ACAAAAUAGUCGGUGAUUCUGCAAUUUCAACUUGUUAGUUUUAUAGAAAUUAAGAAAGAAAAUUUUAUUUAAAAUAAAAUGUCUGCAAGAUAUGAUCGUGCUGUUACAAUAUUUUCUCCUGAUGGUCACUUACUUCAAGUAGAGUAUGCUCAAGAAGCUGUGCGUAAAGGUUCAACUGCGGUUGGAGUUCGUGGGGAAGAUGUUGUAGUUUUGGGUGUAGAAAAAAAAUCAGUAGCAAAAUUGCAGGAAGAACGGACAGUAAGAAAAAUUUGUCCUUUAGAUAGUCACGUUGUGAUGGCGUUUGCUGGUCUUACGGCGGAUGCUAGAAUACUUAUUAACAGGGCUCAAGUAGAGUGUCAGAGUCAUAAAUUAAGUGUAGAAGAUCCAGUUACAUUGGAGUAUAUAACAAGAUAUAUAGCUGGUUUAAAACAAAAAUAUACACAAAGCAACGGAAGACGUCCUUUCGGUAUUUCUUGUUUGAUUGGUGGUUUUGAUUAUGAUGGGUCACCUCAUCUCUAUCAGACCGAACCAUCUGGAAUUUAUUAUGAAUGGAAGGCAAAUGCCACCGGACGCUCUGCAAAAACCGUACGUGAGUUUUUGGAGAAAUUUUACAAAGAAGAUGAAGUAAAGACAGAAGAAGGUGCAGUUAAACUUGCUAUUAGAGCUUUGUUGGAAGUAGCGCAAUCAGGUCAGAAAAAUUUGGAAAUUGCCGUGAUGAAAAGAAACCAACCAUUAAAAAUGCUAGAUUCAGAUACAAUUGAAAAGUAUGUUAAUAUUAUUGAAAAGGAGAAAGAAGAGGAAGCGGAAAAAAAGAAACAGAAAAAGUAGUUUCUAAUAAAUUUAAAUAUGCAAAAUUCGCAUUUUUAUAUAUUAUAUAUUAAAAAGAAUAAAAAUCAACGAUGAAAAAAAAAAAAAAAAACUUUACAAU